AUGGGACGGCCUAGUGGCGAACGGGCUCCCUUGAUUAAUCGUGCAGACCCUCAGGAGGUCGCUGCUUAUGAUCCUGAUCCCUCCGAUCCAGACGCAGCCGAAAGAGUCCUUCCUUGUACCGCAGAGGAUUUCAGACCGGACUUUGACGGUACACCGCAUUCGCAGUGGAACGUCGGUGUUGCGAUAGUCUUCACACGGAGCUUUGUGAACGCAUUUCCGAGAUUCCGGGAGAUCUUCGAAUACGAACAAAUCGCCGAGCAAUGGAUCACGCACUUCGCACAUCUGAGACGUUGCUAUUUGCAAACGCAGAAAGGAGAGGAAGAAAUCUCGAGGAUACGACAGGCAGCGCGACGCAAAGCACGCAGAGAAGCAAUAUUCAACAGGCGUCUGGCCGCCGCUACGCUUGUCACAAGCUCGGAGCCCCACGCACGAGAUUUAAUGACGUCUCUCGGACCAGAAGGCAUGAGUUCUGACGAAUCCGAUCACGACGCGGGCGGCGGGGAACCCGUCUACAAGAUCUCGACGAGCUCAUGGAGAAGUCUGAGGUUAACAAGCUGGCUGAGGGGGCUCGAUGCCCUUCAUCUGAUGGAUCGUUACCGCGGUGUAUUCGACAAGUCACCGGGUGGUUGGCCGCACUUUCGACAGGCUGCUCUGGGGAAGCCGAGCGCUCGUGCGGCUGUGGGGCAUCUACCAAGGGAAUGCUAUGCAGACAAUUGGCUUGCUAACCAAUCGCUUUUUCUCCGUGAUACGUUGCAGAUGGUAGACAUGGCAGUGAACUUGACGCAUCCAGAGGACAUUCAAAGGUGGAUCCACAUAGCUGCAUGA